CAGUCCAUGGCGCAGCUCGCAAACUCGACUGCCGGGACCAACAGUCUGAAGGCCGUCCAGAAGCCCUCCCCCUUCAAAGGCAAACAAGGAGGUGAGGCACGACGUUUCCUAGCUGCGUUCACCCUCUGGGCCAUGUCCCAAGGCUCAACGCUCAAUCACGUUGAUGCCAUGGGCAACACCAUCAGCGCGUGCAACGACCAGUGGAUUUGGGCGGUCCUCUCCUUCAUGCAGGACAGCGCGGCUCUCUGGGCCACUCCAGCAAUCGAGGAGAUCACGCAGGGCACCACCCCAUUCAAAGGAUUGUGGACCGAGUUCCGUACCCAAUUCAAGGCCCGUUUCGAAACUGUGGACGAGGCGGUGGACGCAAAGGAGCGGCUCCGUACACUGUGGCAGGGCUCCAUGACCGUCCCAGAGUACACCGCAAGGUUCAAUGAACUCUCGACGUGCACUGGCUACUCCAAAGCUGACCUCCGCGACCGCUUCUACGAGCACCCCGCGGACUCCAUCAAGGACGAGUUGGUACACACAGCAAGGCCCAUCGCUUCUCUGGAGGACCUUAUCACUGUCCCCUCCAACAUUGACAUCCACGUCCGCCAACGCCAUGCCGAACAAGAACGCCAGCGUGGAUGCACCACUACCACCACCACAGUGACCAAGCCAGCUAUACCGCUGCACACCACCCCCUUCACACCACCCGCCAGAGACCCAAAUGCAAUGGACAUCAAUGCGACCUGUACACGCGAAGAGUUCAACCGCCUCAUGCGCAGCAAGUGCUACGGUUGUGGGUCUACGGCGCACGUCAAGAAGGACGGCGGCCACAAUCGGGACAUCUGCAGUUACUGUCACCGCAUAGGGCACCACGAGACAGUGUGCAUGGACAAGUUCCUGAAGAAACCCCGCUCGCAGAAGCUCGCCGCCACG